UCUCGUAACAUAUUGGCAUUGAACGUUUGGAGCUUUCCUUGGUUUGCGAUGUCGACCCGGAGCAUCCGUGCGCCCUAGAAGCCGCCUUGCUCUCGGCCCCGUCUCCCUCUUCCCGCGUCUUAGAGAAUGCCAUGUGCAGCUAUCCAAGUCAACCAGCUACCCACUCCAGCAAAUGGCUCAAGAAGCGAUUCUCCAGACCUGCGGCAGAGCUUCUCCCGUGGCCCUGUCAACCCCAGGACUUCGUCGGCUCUCGCAACCCUCCCGCCAGAGCUGCGCAUCCGUAUCCUCGAAUAUACCGACCUUGUAACCCCUUGGAAGGAGGUUACAUGGAGUUGGCAACACCGCGGCUACCGGGUGGUUUGCGCUCUCUGCACCUCUUCGUCGCUUGACUCCCCACCCCACAAUCACAGUGGUUGCCGACUGAGCAGCUGCGAUCCUAAUGUCCACGAUGGGGACUGCGUACCAUCCGCCGGCUGCCGACAUUCUGCUUUCUCCUCUUCCGCCUGCAACUGCUGGGCCCCGCCCACCAACCUGUUUCUUAUCUACCGCACUUCCUACCGAGACGCCCAGUUCGCCUUCUUCUCGCGCAACCGCUUCAUCAUCCACGACUUCCACGUAACGGAGCCCUGGGACCUACCGGCCGAGCAACUCGAACCGGGCAGGCCGAAAACUGCCAGCACGCGCACCAGUUACCCGUUCGAACGUCUCGCCGUUUCCAAGUUCCUCCGGGACAUUGUCCCUGUCCACUGCCUGGCCUACCUCCGGUUCCUCGAGCUGUUGUUCCCCCCUUACGUGCCCCACGACUGGCCUCAUAGAGAACACCCAGCGAUCCUGGACUGGGCCGCCACGGUGGACUGGGCCCGAGGCCAGGUCAACGCGCCCGCGCUCACCAUCCGCCUUGUCAUGGCGGAUUUCGGGGCCGGCGCGCCCAUCAUUGGCCGUAGGGCUAUGACCAAGGUUCUAGCGGACGAUACCCUUCGAGGGUACGCGUACAUCAUGCAACCUCUGAAGCCAUUGGUAAGGGGGAUGGCGGCGGCGGCCUGGCGGGCCUCUACCUGCACCCGGCACAUCCCGCGCGAUGGAUCCUGGACGUUUGCCGGCGUGCUCAACUGGACGACGGGUACCUCGCCCGACUGCACCGAAACCACAUUGUUGAGGCUGAGCGAUAUUUGCGGGGCCCCGGCUCGAGUGCCCUCAACCACCUCAACAGGGUUGAGCCCAACAAGAGCUCCUGGCAGCGCUGGUAUCAGGCGGAUAAUCCUCACGGUGAUUAAGAUGAUGGAGAUAAUACAGUGGUACUAGGGAGCUACCUUUGCUGUCCUUUUUUCAAGGCGGGCUUUUCGGACUGUGGCGUUCGGCCCCUGGGACUGUAGCCCCACCCACUCACCAUACAUAACCCCAACCCUGAUUUUUGUUGCGCCGCACCCCGUACCGCAGGCCGCAUCACACUGGCCAUCGCGUUGCUAGAAUAAACGGCAUUGCGUCGCGUCGCUCGAAAACAGUAAAAUGCAUUCGUUUGAGCGCACUUGAACCAUGUGAGCGCAUUUGAU